AUGAGCGACGCCGGUCUGCACAGGCUCCAGACGCUGGAGGUCGGCGCGACCGACGCCGUACAGAAGCACUACGCCCGCCGCAUCGUCGAGCGGAAGCCCGUGUCGGAUAGGAAGCUCGAGUUCGAGCAGAAGCGGCCGAGGUGGCUGCGAGAGAUGUGUGCCGAGGCGACGGGCGUGUUCUUCUACGUCUACCCGGGCAUUGCCUCGACCGCGACGUUUUUCCUCAACGGGACGGAGCCGGCUUUCGGGUCGCUGCUGCAGAUCGGCUUUGCGUAUGCGUUCGGCAUCGCUUUUGCCAUCAUCACUUGCGCCUCGACGUCCGGUGGCCACUUCAACCCGGCCGUCACCAUCUGCUUCGCCAUCUGGCAGGACUUCCCGUGGAAGAAGGUGCCCGUGUACAUCUUCUCGCAGAUCUUCGGCGCCUUCAUGGCCGGCCUGGUGCUGAUGGGCCAGUACCACGAGCAGAUGGCCGCCUUCAACGCCGAGUCGCUGGCCAAGACCGGCUCGUCCGUCUACAACGGCGGGCCCGCCAGCAUCCUGUGCACCUUCCCCGGCGAGACCCAGCACAACCUCGGCUACCUCUUCCUGAUCGAGUUCUUCGUCGACGCCUACAUCGGCAUCGUCAUCUGGGCCGCCCUCGACCCCGCCAACCCCUUCGUCGCGCCGCACUCGGCCCCCUUCGUCAUCGGCUUCGCCUACGCCGCCAUGGUCUGGGGCUUCGCCAGCAUCUCCAUCUCCACCAACCUCGCCCGCGACCUCGGCACCCGCCUCGUCGCCGCCAUCUUCUUCGGCCCCGACGCGUUUUCCUACCGCAGCUACUGCUGGAUCGCCAUCCUGGUCAACGUCCCCGCGACGUUCUUCGCGACCUGUUACUACGAGUGCGUCAUGCGGGACAGUUUGGCGAAGCUGGGGACGGGGAGGGCGGUGCAUGAGGGCGGGGAUGAGGGGCUGCAGAGGCAUUUGAGUCGGAAGGGGUGGGCGGAGGUGGAGGGCGGCGCGGGGUGGCAUGUUGUCGAGAGUGGGAAGAGGAUGGAUAGUGCGGGGAGUGCGCUGGGGGCGGAGAUGAAGGAGGUGGUUUGA